GGGCAGCGUGGCGGACGCCGGCUAAACGAUCCCGUCCAUUUGAAUAAAAACAAAAACCACGUCUGGAUAUUUUGAUAUCUGCUUAUUUAUACAAAAUGCCUUGUCGAAAGGAGAACUAUAUUUUUUUGGAACAGUCGGUGACGGUGGAUUCAAAGGAAGUAGACGCUCUCGUGUCGAAAAUCGGCGAGGCGCUGCAGCUUCACAACAAUAGCUCAAGCCAGAAGGCGAUGUCACGUCUACACGGUUUCACGGGCAGCAAACCGAACGGCGGCGGCGGGAGCUCGACGGGCGGUCAGCGGUGCAUCCGUUUGCGCAGCCGGAGUUUACGCACCAGCCGGGCCAGUCCAUACAACCCGCCCGGAUCCAGCGAUCAGGAAUGGGACCAUUUCAAAUCCUCGUGGAACCGAAAGAAAAUCGACGAGGACGAUCCGCACCAGCUUCUGCAGGAACUCAUAUUGUCCGGGAAUCUGAUCAAGGAAGCGGUCAGACGACUCCAGUUUUCAUCGGAACCAUCGGAUCACGACAUCCCCAAAUCUGUGGACUGACUUCCCGAGCCAGCGGAUGCAUGAACGUCCUCACGUUUUCAAACGGGGCCGCCAGCUCAUUGGGUUUUUACAAACUUUGAUAUCACGCCCUUCAUGUUUUUUCUAUUGUACAUUGCCGAGAUGGACAUGUUAUGUACUUUUUUGACUGUUUUUUGAAAUGUGACCCUUCUUUCAUUUAUAAAUCUCAGUGUUUGGACUGAAAUGCCAACGUGAUGCAAAAAUCUAGUGGGUUAACGUUAUAGGAAUGCAUUUAUUAUAGUAUUGACUGGCCUCUGGUUGGUUUGUCCUGGAAUGGUGCAUCUUGUUUUGGUUUGCUGGAGUUUAGCACUGUGUGUGUCAGUAGCAAACAAGAACUGCUCAACUGCUUUGUUUACAAUGUAGAUGUGGUCGGGCUGCUGGGUUGCAGUCCUCGCCUAGAUCAGGCAACGGGUCACACCUUUUGUUUACUUGUUUUGAAACUAUGUUUGGAUACAAAAAUAUCACUUUUUUGAUUUCAAACCGGCCCCAUGGUCACCUUGUGAGGGCCCAUGUCCCCUGUCCUUUAGAUUUCGAAGUGAAGAGCAAGGCCGACACUCCUUCUCAAAGAGAAACCAAGAUCAAACCCACAUGCAUGUGGGUACAUGUGCUGUACAUGGAGGAUGUGAUCCCGACACACUGACACUGUGGUGCUUUUUGAUUCCAAUGUGGAGUUCUCAUGUUUAUUUUUGUUUUCACUCUGUGUUAACUCUGCAUAUGCUUCGCAACGAAGUGUUUUUAAUAACUCUGGUUGUUCAGAGAGUUUGGUGUCUAAUAAACAUGGUGUUUUUGCAUA